AUGCCUGUGCAGCUACUCCAUGGUAGUCGGCCAGAGGGUAUUGAUGAAGAUGAGACGUGGGAGAUUGUUGAGCGCCCUAGCGAGACCGACACGACCAAACAGUCUUCCAGCGAUGCAUACAUCAACUUCCAGCUCAACAGCAGGUUCGGCAGCCUGUCACUGCAAGUCAAACCUUCCAUCGAGGCGACGAGCAACACUGAAACGCCACAUAUGGGAAGCGGGCAUCAGCAAGAACAAUCGUUGCUCUUCCAGCUGCCUGCAGAGCUGAGACUCUGUAUCUACGAGAUGGCUCUCCACGUGCCAACAACAGCUCAUGGACUUCGGCUCAUACGAUCUCCCGUAGGAAGCAAUAAACCCAGUGUGCUAGCGCUCUACCUGACCUGUCGAAGAGCGUUGGCAGAGGCUGAAGGCAUCUUCUACUCUAUUAAUCGCCUACAUAACGUACCGCCGCUCUUCUGGCAGACGAUAGGCCAGAAGCGGCAAAACGCCAUCACCAUGCUCUCAUUGUCAGUCACUUCAGCUGCAGCUGCGCUUGUUGAGCUGCAAAGUCUACGCAUUGCGACAAAUUCAAGCAUCAGAUUCCUUGACCCUUCUUCAUGGAGGCUGAUGGCGCCACAGUUGAUCACGGAGCUGGGAGGCUUCAAGCAGCUUAACGAUGUCCAGAUAUUUACGCCAGAAGCGCUUGACGAGACGAAUGAGGAGCUUUCCAGGAAAGGAAAGCUCGAUGAGGUCGAUCGCAGAUUUCGUGAUGCUGCACCAGCUAGGAACACGGGACUGAUUCCGGACGAAGGCGUAGCCAGUGUGUAG